UGAACUGAAUACCUCUUCAACACUCAGGUGAAAUCUACGUCAUGGUUGGUCCGUUAUACGCCAGUCUUGAGGAAAACUUGCAAGUUUAAUGGACAAGAAUGUUAGAAGUUUAGUGUGUAAUUUACAUUAGAAGCGCUACAAGAAAAUGUAUAGUGCAGUUAAAUAAGACAGUGCAACGUCUUAAAUAAUUUCAGUAAAUUAUAAUUGUUAAACUGGCGCAUUUUUAAUCAAAAAGAAAUAAGAGAAGAGUGCACACCGGUGACCUAAAUUCUUAGUAAAGGAACUGUAAAUUUACAAUUCAUCUUUGACUCAUUUAUAUAGAAGAAAAAUGUGAACUUCCUUAACCAAUUUUGAUACUUUAAUUAGCGCUCAUUUAAUUAAUUUUGGAAUACGGUAGUGCUGGCAGUAUGAAGAAUUGUGACAUUUCUAACGUUGUGACUUAACGCCGGUUUUGUAGUGAAAAAUAAAUGAAUUAUCCAUGAAUUGUUUCAUGACUAGUGUGUUGGUGGUUAAGGUGAAAGUCGCUUAAACUAAAAUGCGUUUGACCUCCCCAUUAUCUACGAUGGGUCUAAAAGCGAUUUACAUACUUUUAAUGAUAUUUGGAGAGCUUCAUAGGAUUGCAGCAAUUGAAGACAUUUAUUCAAAUUCGUACGUGUCACCGAAGUCGGAGGACGAAAGGUUAGGACCGGAUUCGUCGGAGUCGCGGGUUGAUGUUACAUCCGGCCCAAGUGAAAUUUAUGUAUCAGAAAGUAAAACAAUGACACAUUCCAGUGAAACUAAAUUACACACAACAACCAACCGUAGAAUAGAGAGAUCGGCGGAUCCAAUUUUAUCCCGACCUAGCGGAAUAGAAGAGUUGUUGUCAUCAAAAAAUGUUGCAGACAAUUUAGAUUCAAAUGAUGUAGAAUUUUCUGGUAGAAUUGCUCCGUUCAUUCAACCCUCGAAAACGCUAAAAGAAUACCAAAAAAUGUACUUGCAGCAAACCUCUAUUAGUGAAUUUUUCAAUUCGGGGGAAGUAGAAAGGGCUCCGCAGGCGAAAUCUCUUUCACUGACGGAGCCCUUGGAAAUGCAGCCCACUGCGACGACAACUCCGAAUUUUGCCACACAAUCAUUGCAGCCACCAAAACCCCGACAGGCUAGCGCAGAUAUUCAAGAUAUAAUAACGGGAAUCGUUAAAUUACUAAACGGUAACGUAAAUGUUCAAGCCAACACUUCGCCGCCGAUGGGCAGACCUUUGCGUCCAGUGAGUACAAGAAUUAACAACCGCGGACCACCGCGCAUAUCGGAUGUUCCCAUUUUACCACCAGAUUUUGAUGCCGGCACACCACAACUACCCCUUCCUCCUUUAGGACCUGUACCACCCCCAGUGGGGCCAACAAAGGUUCCAACCCCCUACCCUUUUGAUUUUCCUCAAAACACCUCACCCAUUCGACCUCAUAUUUCACUCUUAGAACAAAUGAAUAGGCCCGGUAUGCACAGACCUUUAAUUCCCACGUGGAGCCGACCGAAUGGACCAUCAAAUGGCUCUCGCCGUCCAAUCAAUCCUUACCGAAGACCUAAACCUCCUUUUAAACCCAUACCUAUACAUAAACCGGACGAGGGAUCAACAACUUCGACAGAGAAACCAAAUGUCAACUCCGAUCCCGAAUUAGAAACUAACUUUCCAAGUGACGAUGGUGAUACAACAACUGAUCCUGACGGAGACGACUCACUUGAAAUGACGACACUAAUUUCUACUAACGACGCUGAAGAGUUGGACUACGAAAAAAAUAAAGAAAAAAGCAGUUCCAAAAUGGAAAAACAUACAACUAGACUCCAAAGUAGUAGUGAAGCAAUGAGCACGUUAUCAUCGAAUUCUUCUGCUGUUGAAACUUCAUCAUUAGCAACUGUCGAUCCUACAAAAGUGGCAAUGCCAAGUAUAACUUCUACCACAGAAACUAAUAUCACACUUACUGAGAACAACACGACUGAUUCAAUUACUUCAAUAGCGACACCAACCCUCGAAUCUUCCAUACAAGAAGUUUUACAAACUCUCAAAGACGAUCUUCUUUCUUCCUCCACUAUUAGUACAGAUUUAUCUCAAAUUUCUAUUUCCCCAACUCCAACCUUAGACCAAUUAGAAAAAUUUAAUGUCACCACAACGGCAACCCCGACUCUGCCUCUAGAAACUACAAAUACUACUAGCCAAAUACAACCGCUGCACUCAUACCGACCGAGACCUGGAAUUGUUCUGGAUGACACAGAGUACAAACCUGGUGGGAAUCGUCGACCUCCAAUUAUAACCGCCAGGCCGCAGUUGGGAGAUAUAUUCGAUAUUACGGUUUCCGCAAUUCAAGGACCGGGAGGAUCUCCGUCGAGAGGUCAGGGAAAGCCUUACGUUGUACCAGUGGACAUUGACGGUAUACAAACGGGCGAUGUUAUUACAAGCCCCGUAGGCAAUGAAGGCUUUGUAUCAAUUGAUGGAAAACGAACUUAUCUGAACUUAUUCGGCGAAUCAACAACGGAUGCAUCAACCGAUACUAUCAAUAUAUCUCCCACAACUAGCACACCGGUCAUCGGUACUGGCUUUGCAGUACCUCAAGUAGAUAUUCCAAAACAACCUGAACACAAAACAACCGUUCAGCCGAAGCCUACGCUAAGAAGACCACUAUAUGGAAGACGUCCCAGUCAGCCAUCAGUUAGAAUAGACACCUGUAUAGUUGGGGACGAUUCCACCUGCGACCGAACAAAUAAUGAGGUAUGCAAGACUGAGUUGGGUGUGAGCGCCUGUCACUGUAGUCCAGGACAUGCCAGAAGACAGCUACGUGAUCCCUGUAGAAAAAUUGUAUCCAUGGUGAUGUCGCUCAGAGUGGAUCGUUUGUAUGAAAGACGCGUGGUUUGGGUGUCCGAUUUGGGAAACAAAGGAAGUGAUAGUUAUCAACAGUUGUCAUAUGAAACUGAACGUGCCAUGGAAUCGGCCAUGUCCAUGACACCGUUUAGCGAUGAAUUUUUGGGUAUCAAAGUGAACAAUAUUUACAAGGGAGAUCGCUCAGCAAGUCAAAGUGGAGUGUAUGUCAACAUCACACUACAGCUUGAAGCAAAUGGAGAUACGUCACGGCCUACAGUACGAAACGAUAUUCAAAGACAUUUAUUGGGAGUAAUACAAAGACGAAGCAAUAACAUUGGAAAUAGCGCACUAUGGGUGGAUAGUCCACCUGGUUCCAUUUCUAGUCUUCAAGAUUUGGAUGAAUGUUCAUCUCCAGAACUUCACGACUGCCAUUCUCUAGCAGUUUGCAUCAACGUAUUUGGAGGAUUUAAAUGCGAGUGUAAUGAAGGUUUGAAAGAUCCAUGGGCGGAUCACAAACAUCAGGCGGGACGCCAUUGUGAACAAUGUUCUAGUCAGCACUGUAAUAAUAGAGGCGAAUGUAAAUAUCACAAUGGGCAGGAAGUUUGCACAUGCACGGGAAGUUAUUAUGGAUCUCAAUGCGAGGUCGAUGGAGAAAUUUUGGGGGUUGCUAUCGGUGCUAGUGUAGCGGCAGUAGUUAUUAUUGGUCUUACCUUGGCAUGCCUGAUUAUGUGGAGUCGUCGUUGGAGUAGAGAUCAAAAAGCAGGCGUCGGCAGUCCAGUGUUUGGUUACAUGACCAACCCAGGCAGUACGAUGAAAUCACCAGUUGUUGGCGGACCUUAUCAUGUGACGAUGGAAGACAGAAUACGAUGGGCGCAGAUAGCAGACGUGAUGGCUCAAUCCAACCAUUAUGCUCCUGAACCUGUUCCUCAAGUCACACGGCCAUCUUCCGCCAUGUUUGGUUAUCCAAACCUUUCGGUCAUCGGAACAAUGCAACGUGGAACAUUCCACGGGACCUUACCGCCGGUUCCACUACCACGUUUGGGCUUGCAAGCUCAACUGGCAGCGCGCGCCGCCAGUGUGCAGGGAAUGAGGCCAUUAGACAAUUCAAGUUCCAGCGAAGAGGAAGAUAAGGCUGAUCUUCUUGGUAGAAAUUUCCAUGUACCGAGACCUAAAAGUAGAAGUAAUGCGUCAAUUGCAAAUCAAAGUGGAAUUUACUAUGAUGUUGACUAUGAGCAGAAUGAUAUUUACAAACAAGGAACCGGAAUACCAAUGAGUACAUACGCGGUCGGCCGGCCUUACUACAGAAGCUAAAGACUUAGUAGUUAAGUUUAAUUUUAAAAUAAAUUUGUAAAUAAAUUAUUUAAAAGCAAGAAAUAUUUGUUUACUUAUAUGAAGAUAUAUAGACCUAAGUAUGUAAUGUUACAACAAAAUACAACGUUUUAUAGUAAGUA